AUGAUCAAUCCUUUGGGUGCAUUGCAACCAUUGCCCAAGUUUGAGCCCACUCCACUCGAUGUCACCAUGGUCAGGAGGUAUUUUUGUACCAUGGAGAGCUUAGAGCUGAUUGAAGGCAUCAAAGCAGAACAGGCUCAGACUACGCCGCAGGAGCGUGGCCGUGCGCGGCCCCGAAAUGGUGAUUUUGGCCCUGCGCUCUCCCGAGAUGCGGCUGACCCUCCUGCGCUACGAGAAGUGACGGCCCGGCCCAAAGGCGGCCGGAAUGGCCGGAAUGGCCUGUCGGCCGAACGGCCGCAUGGCACGAGGGUGGUGGUCCUACACCGGAAUUCCGCCAACAGCCAGGCUGUGUCGCACACCCCACAUCUGCGUUGGAAGUUUGGUCUUAGUGACAUUCCUGCAAUGCUCGGCGGUCUUUCGGUGUGGCGCUACAGCCAACCCGGGGCCGACGCUGCGCCUUUCCAGGAGACUCCCGUUGAGGCUGAGGCUGCGCUGGAGGCGCUUCCGACCACAGCAGCAGUCGAAGCCGAGGUGGACUCUGCCGAGGACUCUGGGGACUCACCAUCAUCCAGUGAGAUUCCCUCCGACUGGCCAUGCGGGGAGGUGCUGACCCCCGUGGACUUUGGCGCCAAGGGUGACGGACACCAUGAUGACUCCAGCGCAGUCUGGGCGGCCAUUGCUCACGGCAUCCGCUGCAACAGCACGGUGCUCCUGGGACCUAGAAGGCACAGAUUUCUGGUGAUGCCCAAUGUCCUUGAAGUGACAGCGGAAAAUCUCAUCAUUGUCUUCGAAGCACAGCUAGUAGGUCCAACCCUGGAGGCUUGGAACCCGACCUUAGAGUCGUGGCCCAAGGGAUCCUGCGCCUAUGCGGAGGCACACUGCCAGCGCUCGGGCGGCCAGAGCCCAGAGUUCGCACGCUCGCAAUGGUCCCUGCUCUUCCUUCGGAAUUGUCGCAACAUGACCUUGGUCGGCCGAAGCGAAGGGACACAUCUGGAAGGAGGUUUGCUGGCACCGGGCAACAGCUUCUGGCGGGUGCGGAACACCAAGCCGCAGGUGAGGGGCUAUUGUUUGCUGAAAUUGGAUAGCUGCGAGGACAUGCGAAUUUCCAAGCUCCAGCUGCACGAUUCUCCCAUGUACCAGGUGGUGGUGGCUCGUAGCCAUGAGGUGGAGCUGAAUGGCUUACGGAUCACCUUGUCCAACCAAGCGCUUGGGGACAGCGGUGCGCACAACACGGAUGGUGUCAACAUCCUGAAUUCCUCACGGGUGACCUUACGAAGAAGCGUCAUUGAAAGUGGUGACGAUAACGUGGUUGUCAAAGAGGGCUCUUCCGACAUUUUUGCGGAGAGCUUACAACUGCGUCGUGGCAAAGGUGUGAGUAUUGGCUCCCUAGGGGAGCGAGAGGCCGAGGGGCAAGAAGUGACCAACGUGCUCUUCCGGGAUAUCUCGUCGGAUCACUGCGUCCAUGGUGUUCGCAUCAAGACGUGGAAGGGUGCAAGAGGCUUGGUGCAAAAUGCCACCUUUGAGCGCUUCAGGGUGGCAGACGUGAUGGUCGGUUGGUAUUCUCAUCGACCAAACCUAUUGUCCUCCUUCACAGUGCGCUUCAGAGACUUCUCUGGAACGUUUCAGCAGAUGGACCGCAAGGCGAGUGCUCUGCUCUGCGUGCGACUCCUGGGACUGGGAUCGGACUGGGACCUGUCGAAGUCCUGGUGCGAUGACGUGACCUACGAGAACAUUGCCUUGCGCCCGGCCGGUCCAGCAAUCCCGCAACGGGUCCUCUCCUGGCACGUUUCCUCCCCAGAGUCCCCCUGCGCCAUUUUCACCACAGAUCGGGGCGGUGAGUUGGAGACUCCACUGUAG